CCGGAGCAACAACCUAUUGCUUACUUCUUGCGAAUCUAAUUGACGUGCUAGCAUACCGAACGCCAACGACAUCAUGUCUUCGACUCUCCUCCGCACCACUCCUGCUCUGCGGGGAGCUCUCCGAGCUUCCGGAGCUUUGAAGGCCACCGGUGCCCUGUCCAGCGCCAGCUUCGUGCGCGGAAAGGCUACCCUUCCGGACCUACCGUACGAUUAUGGCGCUCUCGAGCCGUACAUCUCGGGCAAGAUCAUGGAGCUGCAUCACAAGAAACACCACCAGACCUACGUCAACGGCCUCAACAGCGCGCUCGAGACUAUCGCCGAGGCCGAGGGCAAGGGUGACCUCAGCAAGGCCGCGUCCGUUGCGCCCCUCCUCAACUUCCACGGCGGCGGUCACAUCAACCACAGCCUCUUCUGGGAGAACCUGGCCCCUGCCAGCCGAGAGGGCGGCGGCGAGCCUGAUGGCGCCCUCAAGAAAGCCAUCGACUCGGACUUUGGCUCCUUCGACACAUUCCGCAAGCAGAUGAACACGGCGCUGGCGGGCAUCCAGGGCAGCGGCUGGGCGUGGCUGGUCAAGGACAAGUCGGCGGGCACCCUGAACCUGGUGACCCGUGCCAAUCAGGACCCCGUCACGGGCCCGUACGUGCCGCUGGUGGGCAUCGACGCUUGGGAGCAUGCCUACUACUUGCAGUACGAGAAUCGCAAGGCCGAGUACUUUGAAGCCAUCUGGAACGUCAUCAACUGGAAGACAGUGGCCGCACGCUUUGAGAAGUCUUGAGUCGCAGUCGGUUGGGCGAGGAAGGAUUAGGGGCCCUGUGAUAUUUGUACAAUGUUUAUUGUGAGAUGGUCAGUAUGGCAAGGUCGGUCUGGCAAUGCUGUUUUAUGACCUGAGUUGUUUAACAGAUCUGAGAUAACUGCUUACUUGAAGCAUCCGUCCGAUAAUCAAGGAAAAGCAUCGAUCCAACACGGAGCACGUCAUCCCCAAGCUGAAUUCAGACCUUGCAACUACUGCGCGUCAAACUUAGCUCAACCAUUGAACUCGAAAGAGCAGGCUCCGGAGGCCUUGAAACCAUUCCCGUCCGUUUUGCAGAGCUGAGGGUUGCUCGAUUGUAUGCGAGUAUCCCGAUUAAUGUCUUCCUGCCAACUGCCAACAAGGAGAACCCCUAUUUAUUGCCUGGUAUUUGCCA